AUGAAGCGGAAGAGGAACCGCUGGCGUCGGCGGCAGCAUGAGCAUCUUUGGCGGGGUGAUGGAGGAAUACCCGCACCUCUCCAUCGACCGCUUCGACCGGGAGAACCUGCGCGCCUGGGCCUAUUUCCUCUCCCACUGCCAUAAGGAUCACAUGAAAGGCCUGAAAGCCCCUUCCAUGAAAAGACGGCUGGCGUGCAGCUUGAAACUCCGCCUGUAUUGCUCCCCUGUGACAAAAGAAUUGCUACUGUCCAGCCCGCGAUACGCAUUCUGGGAAAAUUACAUUGUCACCCUGGAAGUUGAAACCCCGACUCAAAUUUCUCUCACUGAGGAAGCAUCAGGCAAGAAAGAAGAUGUUGUGGUCACACUUCUGCCAGCCGGUCAUUGUCCGGGAUCAGUUAUGUUUCUCUUCCAAGGGGAAAACGGGACCGUCUUGUACACGGGAGAUUUCCGACUCGCCAAAGGAGAAGUGGCCCGAAUGGAACUCCUGCAUUCAGGAAGCAGAGUGAAAGACAUCCAGAGUGUCUAUUUAGACACCACAUUCUUUGACCGCAAAUAUUAUCAAAUACCAAGCCGGGAAGAAUGUAUGAAGGGGUUGAUGGAAUUGGUACGGAACUGGGUGGUCCAGAGUCCCUAUCACGUGGUCUGGUUGAACUGCAAAGCGGCUUAUGGAUAUGAGUAUUUAUUCACAAAUCUCAGCGAAGAGCUUGGGAUCAAGGUGCACGUGAACAAGUUGGACAUGUUUAAAAACAUGCCAGAAAUCCUCUACCACGUUACCACCAAUCGGCGUACCCAGAUUCACGCCUGUCGCCAUCCGAGGGAUGACGAAAUGUUUCGCUGGAACCGACUGCCGUGUGGAAUGACUUCCCAGAACGGACACGAGUUGUGUGUUAUCAGUGUCAAGCCAUCCACCAUGUGGUUUGGAGAAAGGACGCGGAAAAGCAAGGUGAUCAUGAGGGCCGGAACAAGUUCCUACAGAGCUUGCUUCUCAUUCCACUCUUCUUACAGUGAGAUCCAAGAUUUCUUGAGCUACAUUUGCCCAGUGAAUGCCUACCCCAAUGUGAUUCCGUUGGGGUCCACCAAGGACAGAGUGGAAGAAAACCUGAAGCCCUUCUGCAGGAAGUACAGGCCAAACAACCGGCCAACCUAUAAACCUCUCGGCACGCUGAAGAGACCGAGGGCCUUGGAGCUCCUGGACACCAAUGGUGGCAGCGAUGACGACGAUCUCUUUGACUUUGGGCUGGUCCCCACAAACUCCAAGGUUCCAAAACUGGUGCCAGAGAUUGGGCCUGGGGAGCAGAGCAAGCCGCUUCCCCCAAAUCGCGGAGAAGAAGGAGGCGACCACCACCCCGCUCGUAAGGCGUCUCCGCUGCCUCCCUCUUUGCAGGUGGAUUUUGUGGAGUGUGAAGAAUCGAACGGCGAGGAGGAGGAGGAGGAGGAAGAAGAAGAAGAACCACCUGAGAGGGAGGCGGCUCUUCCUGGAAUCCCGUUAGCGGGGACAGGCUUUGUUGAAGAUUGGCAGCGCCCCGAACAUCUCGUGGGGGCCACGAGCCCCGGGCAGCCCGAGGAAGGUCGACCGCAAGCUAACUCGGAGGUGCCGAAGUGGGAGAGUUUCUUCAGGCGCCCUUCGGAAGAGCCCGAGGCCUCUGACCCCGAGGGCCCCCUGCCCUGCCCAGACUCGGCUGAGCCGCUGCCUUCCAGCCCCUUCAGCGAGGACGAUCUGAGCGACUCGACCCACAUCUCCUCUCAGGAUUCCUCUCAGUCCACCCACAUCUCUGAGCAGGGCAGCAGCCAAGGGUGGGACAGCCAAGCCGACACCGUCCUCCUUUCCUCCCAGGAGCGAAGGGCAGCGGAGUUCAGCCCUUCCAAGGGGAGGACCGACAGGAUGGCCGCCUGCCUCCCUCACCUCCUGGCAGGAGAAAAGAAAACGGGCUUGCCCUUCGACCGGGGCGCAGAGCCCAGGCCCGGGGAAGGCAAGGCCAGGUGUUGGGGCGCAGCAGAAGCUCCUCGUGGAACCGAACCGGAGGAGGAAGGGGCCAAGCCAGAAGGGAGGCCAGGGCUCACGCCCCUCAAUCCGGACUCGGUCCAAGCGGCCGACUCUCAGGGCUCUUUGGAUUUUGAAGUGCCACCGACUCCCGGGGCCGAGAUGCCCGGCCCUCAGCAGCUCCGCCCUCUGUACCAAAAGCUGGCAGCUGGAGACCAGCUCCACUGACCAGGAGGGACCAGCCCCACCCAGAAACUUUGGCCUCCCUCAAGAGGGGUCAAGGGUUGCUUCAAAUGUUACA